CUCGUAGGCGACGCCUCGGCGCCCCGAGUCUCUCUGCGUCGUAUUGCCAUGGCUGCCCGAGGCGGCGUCGCCACUGCCGGCGAGGGUCUGCGCUACGCCGAGUACUCGCUGCCGGCGACCAAACGGCCGGACACGGACGUGGACCAGGGACUGGCAAGAAGUUUGAUCGCUGUAGGACUGGGUGUUGCGGCUCUUGCAUUUGCAGGUCGCUACGUGUUUCAGAUCUGGAAGCCUCUAGAACAAGUAAUCACAGAAACAGCAAAGAAGAUUUCCACUCCUAGCCUUUCAUCUUACUAUAAAGGAGGAUUUGAACAGAAAAUGAGUAGGCGAGAAGCUAGUCUUAUUUUGGGUAUAAGCCCAUCUGCUGGCAAGGCCAAGAUUAGAACAGCUCAUAGAAGAAUUAUGAUUUUGAAUCACCCAGAUAAAGGUGGAUCUCCUUACUUAGCAACCAAAAUAAAUGAAGCAAAAGACUUAUUAGAAGCAACCACCAAACAUUGAUCAAUACUUAAGAAUCAUUCUGAAGGAAAAGAAAGGAGAAUAUAAAACAAAAAAGUCUUGCAAAUUAAUCUAAACCACGUUGUUCAUAAUUUUCAUACCUGUACUGACCACAAUCAUUUGUUCCACUAUUAAGGUAUAUAAUAAUAAAAGAUUAACAAUCUA